GCACUUGUUCCACCGGAGACAUCCUCUCUCUCUCUCGCUGUUGUUUUUAGUGGACGCCGCGGAUAGAUAAAAUUUGCACAGAAAGCCUGCCUCUCGCAGCUUCAUUUCAAUAGCAGACUGUUUGCUGCUGUCUCUCACACAGCACUGGGGAGAGUAUUUCUCCCCCAGCACACAAUGGCCUUUCAGCCAGCUUCCUCAGUCCACACAUGACUGUCACCCCCCAAAAUAUACCAAAAUCAGCCUUCAUUGUUUUCUCACAGCAACACAAGCCCCAGAUCCCGUCCGGUCCAGAUGGAUGAGCUCGAUAGCCGGAGAGAGCGGUUGAGGCUCUCCUCUGAGGACUUGACUGAUCCCAUCAACCUAGAAGACUCCCAUUAUACUCUGCUGCAACUUGACCUCGAAACCGAUGCCCAGAAUUUGGAGGCGGACUCUUGGAGUCUGGUGGUGGACCAGAACUACCUAAAGACCCUGAACAAAGCCGAUAUUACAAAACAAGACAUCGUCUAUGAAUUGAUCAAGACUGAGAUGCACCUCGUACACACCUUAAAAAUCAUGCUCCAUGUCUACAUGCACGAGCUGAAACAGUCCCAGCUGAUAGAAGAGGACCGGCUGAGGAGGAUCUUCCUGGGCAUUGAACCCCUACGCAUCAUCCACCAGCACUUCCUCAAAUGUCUCAAAAUCCACCACAGACAGAGUCAGGAGGAAGGAAAUCCAAUUAUCUACCAAAUAUCAGAGAUAGCGGAUACCCUUAUCUCUCAGUUUUCAGGUACAAUGGGAGAACGGAUGAAGGAUUGUUACGGCAUGUUUUGCGCCCGUCACUUAGAAGCCGACCGCUCCUACAAAGAGCUGAUCCAGGGCAACAAGAAGCUGCAGGCCCUCGACAGAAAAAUAGGUCAGCUGUCUCUGGUGCGAAGGAUGGGAAUCUCUGACUGCUUAUUGUUGGUGACUCAGCGCAUCACAAAGUAUCCCGUCCUGGUGGAGCGACUCAUACAAAACACCGAAGUUGGCACGGAUGAGUACAGGUCUUUGGGUGAAGCUUUGGAAUUCAUCAAAAACACCAUCAUGCAGGUGAACGCUCAGAUCAAAGAAUAUGAGAAAGCAGCUCGUGUGAGAGAGAUUGGCCAGCGUCUGGAUCCAAAAUCUGUGGGCCGGCUGAACGGAGACCAGGUUAUACGCAGAGAGGAUCUCAUCCAGGGCAACAGGAAAGUGGUGCAUGAAGGCGCGGUUACCUGGAAAUCAUCGGGUAAACAGAAAGACGUCCACGCUGUGCUGCUGUCAGACAUGCUGCUCCUCUUACAAGAGAAAGAUCAGAGGCUUGUGUUUGCUGCUGUUGAUAACAAACCACCUGUGAUCUCCCUUGAAAGACUGAUAGUCAGAGAAGUCGCCAUGGAGGAGAGAGCCAUUUUCCUAAUUUCUGCACGCACCAUCGGCUUGCCGGAGAUGUAUGAGAUCCACACAGGCUCACGAGAGGAGCGCAUCACAUGGGAGGCCAUCAUACGAGAAGCGAUGGAACGUCAUCAGGAAGAGGUGCAGUACCACGAAAUGAUCACUACUCUGCAAACAUUUCAAGAUCACUUUAAGCUGAGGGAUGACCAGAUAAAGAUGAGUCUGGCAGAGAAGCAGCAGCUCCUUGCUGCACUCUAUAAACAUGUGACCGGGCAGGAAACCCCCCAUGAUGGGCUGCUGCUUGGAGGAGGCACAAAUGACCUCAAGCAGCUGGAAACGCUGCUGAAGGGAGCCAUCGAUGACGUGGAAAUCCUGCAGAACCUGUUUGCCUUGAAGAUGAGCAGCACAAAAGUUCCCGUGAAGGAGAGUAACAUGCAGGGGCGGCAGCUCAGGAGGGCCCAGACCUUUGGAGAGGCAGAUAGUAAACCUGCAGCUGGCACCAUGAAAAAUGGAGAUGAUGAUGGUGACAGCCUCGGUGAAGACCGUCCUCUGCGCAUGAGUCACAGCUACAAUGAAUAUAUGCUCCAGGGCUUCUUCUCUGAAGACCCAGAACAGUGUGCUGAUGAAGAAACCACUGCUCUCCUACACUGCAAUUCAACCUCCAUCAAUUUCCCUGAGGCUGAGGUGUAUGACAGGGUGAUAAUGCUCGCGCAGAGGCUCUACAGCCUAUAUGCAAUCAUCGCCCAGCAAGACAGCCAGAAUGCACUGCAGCACGCCUUUCAGUCGCAGAACCAGCAGCCCACUAACUUCAACAAUGCUCUGUUUGAGUAUGAGAAGCAGCGCAGCUUGGAUAAGCAGAGGGAAGAACUCAACAACUUGAACAAGCAGCAGGCUCAGCUUCGAGAGGAGCAGCAGCGCUGGGAGAAAGAGAAGGAGCGGCACAGGUGCCAGAUGGAGGCUCUGGAGGCUCAAGUGAAACAGAAGGAGGACGAGCGCAGGAAGUUGGAGGAGAAGCUCAACAAGGAGAAGCUCGAGCUCGAGAUGCAGAAAGAAAGCUACCAGCACGACCUGGAGAGAUUGAGGGAGACCACAAGAUCUGUGGAGAAAGAAAAGGAGCGCGUGGCUCAGGAGAAGGAGCGUUUAGAAAAAUUAAAGAUGAAGCGGGUGCUAAAUAUUGGACAGCGCAACUAUGACGAUCCUUCACAACUUUGGAAUUAUUCAUCAUUCAGGGGAAGCGUAGUGAACGGCAGCAUUCCAACCUUUAUUCCCCCCACAAAUUCCCUGGAAAUUCCUCCAAAAGUUCCACCUCGCAGAGAGAGCAUCCUCGUACGCCCAUCCAAAUCCAAGUCGCCCUCCCGCCUGCACAACACCACUAACCAGGUGCACAAACCUGCACCCGUGCAGCAGCAGAUCCCUGAAAAACUGGCUGUUGCCAAGGGAAAGGACAAAUCCUCCAAGAAGAAAACCCACAAGAGGGCUCAGAGUGCAGCCUCCAUAGAGCUCACCGAGGUGGCGCCCAUCCAAGUGACGGGGAAAGGAGGAGGAAGUCUGAGAUCCCAAAAGAAGACCAGUCCUGAAAGGACCUUAAAUGCAGAUACUUUCAGACCUCCAGCAUCAGUCCAGAAUGUGAAGAUGCCUCAGCCCUCAAGCGUAAGCAAGCUGAGGAUCACCGACACUCCACCACCUCCACCUCCUUUCCCCAAAGAAGUUAUCAGACCCCCCAAAGAGAAGGAAAUCUUCCUUUAAACUGCAGACUCCAGAGUUUGGAUGAGUCUGGAAUCACAGACAGAGCUGUGAGAGUACUUCAGGAUGACCCUGUGUGCGUGUGUCUUUAUAAAGAAGUAAUUAUACUUGAUCUUGUAAACAAAGCAAAGAUGUUGGAGAAAUGUAUACACAGUUCUUAUGGAGCUUGUUGAAAGAGUGAAAGAAGUUUGGCCCCAUUUGUACAUUUGAGAAAGAUCAUAUUUUGUAUAAGGAUUUCAUGGCUAAAGAAACUUUUUUUUUUUUUAAUCAUUUUUGUUUUUAAAUCAAAGUAGGUUGUCUGUAAACAUGUACCAUUCAGUUUUAAGCUCUUGCUUUCAUUCAUUGUGUGUGUGUGUGUGUGUGUGAGUGUGUGUGUGUGUGUGUGUGUGUGUGUGUGAGUGAGUGAGUGAGAGUGAGAAGCAGUAAAUCUGACAGGUUUACUUCUAUUUAAAACAAGUUUAAAGCAAUUUUAUUUUAAUUUCGUCUCAGAGUGAAUCAGAUAUCAGUGACUUUUUUUUAAACCUGCUGAGCAUGUGUACAAAUUAAAAGGGUGUGUGAAGUUUGACUGUGAGCUGCUUGUUAAGUGAUUAACAAAGAUUUGGAGAGUUUGAAGCAGUGUCCAUGACACUUAAUGAUGCUGUUAAACAUU